CCUACCCACCCUUGCCGCGCUCUGUCUCCUUCUAGCUCCACUCCUGGGCUCCGCUUCCCGGGUCCGAACCGCGCCUCCCCGCCCAAGCCUAAACCCCGUCUCCACCUCCCUGUCGGAGCCACACCACACGACCCGAACCCGCCUCCCGGGGGCGGAGCCGCACCAGGUGCGGACCCGGGGCGUGGCGGAUGUCCAGGAGCGCCAGGUGCGGCUUCCGUGUCAAGAUGGCCGCCGCCUGCCGCUUCGGAGCCCGGGUCCCGCCCGGCCGCCGCCUCUUUGCCGGGACCCCGCUGCUUCGCGUCGCCCUCUGCCUCCUGUGCUGGGCCCCGGCGGCUGUGGUCGCCGUCCCCGAGCUCGGGCUCUGGGCAGCGACGAUCAGCGACAAAUCAGGACCUUUGAUAUUUAGGAAAACUGUGUUUAACUCUACAGAAAUCAGGUUUUCUGUUAAGUCAUUCAGUUGUUCUGGGCCUGUGAAGUUUACCAUUGAGUGGUAUUUGAAGUAUCAUACCUGUCAGAAUGAAUAUUCUAAGCUGGAGGAGGAGCUAUCACAAAAACAUGAACCUAGCGUUGAUGAAGACUUUUGUGGUCAUUAUUUCAAGAACGUUGAAUGUUGGACAACAAAAUAUGAAAACGUAAAUUGCAACAGUGACUUACAGGUGUUUCCCUCAUUGAAUAAUAAGGAACUAAUUACAAAUAUCAGAAAUGUUUCCAACCAGGAAGGAUCAACAGAUGUGAUAGCCAGAACACAGAGAGAUGGGUUUCAUAUAUUUAUUGUUUCUGUGAAAACGGACAAAACAGAUGCAAGAUGGAAUUUGAAUGUUUCUCUUUCUAUGAUUGGGCCUCAUGGAUAUAUUUCUGCGUCAGAUUGGCCACUAAUGAUUUUUUACAUGGUGAUGUGUAUCGUUUAUAUUUUAUAUGGCGUACUGUGGCUGAUGUGGUCUGCCUGUUAUUGGAAAGAUAUAUUAAGAAUUCAGUUCUGGAUUGCAGCUGUUAUUUUCCUGGGAAUGCUUGAAAAAGCAGUUUUUUAUACUGAAUAUCAAAACAUCAGCAGCACUGGGCUAUCAACCCAAGGUUUACUGAUAUUUGCGGAGUUGAUAUCUGCGGUUAAGAGGACAUUGGCUCGCCUCCUUGUGAUCAUUGUGAGCUUGGGCUACGGCAUUGUGAAGCCUCGUUUAGGAACAGUCAUGCACCGGGUGGUUGGACUGGGGAUUCUUUACUUUAUCUUCGCAGCUAUUGAAGGCGUGAUGAGAGUUAUUGGGGGUUCUAACCAUUUAGCUGUCAUUUUUGGUGACAUUAUUUUGGCAGUUAUUGACUCCAUUUUUGUAUGGUUCAUAUUUAUAAGUUUGGCCCAAACUAUGAAGACUCUAAGGCUAAGAAAGAACACGGUGAAAUUUUCUUUAUACAAGCACUUUACAAACACUCUGAUCUUUGCCGUACUGGCUUCUGUAGUAUUUAUGGUGUGGACGACUAAGACAUUUAGAAUUGCAAAAUGUCAAUCCGAUUGGAUGGAACGUUGGGUUGAUGAUGCAUUCUGGAGCUUCCUUUUUUCGCUUAUCCUUAUUGUGAUAAUGUUUUUGUGGAGACCAUCAGCAAACAACCAGAGAUAUGCCUUCAUGCCAUUAAUAGAUGAUUCUGAUGAUGAAAUUGAAGAAUUCAUGGUAACAUCUGAGAAUUUAAGUGAGUGAUAUGUUUUCUUAUUAAAUGACCAUUGUAUUGUACCUUUACCUGUGAGGCAAAAUCACAUACACUGUUUUCUAUUAAAAUAAUUUUCAAACUAUAUCUGCAAAAACUUCUAUUAUGGUAGAUAAUCACAAAAGAAAAGUCAGUAAUGAAAAUGAAUUUUUCUUUUUUUUUAAAUUUUUUUAUUUUUUUAAUGUUUAUUUAUUUUUAAGAGACAGAGCAUGAGCGGGGUAGGGGCAAAGAGAGAGGGAGACACAGAAUCUGAAGCAGGCUACAGGCUCUGAGCUGUCGGCACAGAGCCCAAUUCGGGGCUCAAACCCACGAACCACAAGGUAAUGACCUGAGCCGAAGUCGGACGCUUAACCGACUGAGCCACCAAGGCACCCCAGUAGUGAAAUUUUCAAGAUUGUUAGUGCAGUGUGAGCUUUUGUUACUUGUUUGCUCUUAAGGCCUUAAGUAUUAAAGUAAGUAAACUUUUUCACACUAGUAAUUUAGUUUAUAUUGUGCUUAGCUCCUAAUAAUCUUCUUAAUGAUAAUUGCUAAAUUUCCUUCAAUCACCUCUUCUUGCUCUUGAGAAAUAUACAGAUCUGUUAAUUCCUGGUCAUGCCCAAAGCAUUUCUAGUUAUAGUUUUAGUGCUACUUUCAUCUUUCAAUUAAUUUCUCCGUAGCAUUUUAUCAUUUUAUUAAUUUUACCAUAAUACUUUAAUCAUUUGUUGAGGCAACAUCAACACAUAAUUCAGUUGCUGAGAAUAAGUAUAGAGAUGUAACGUUUACGAAUUAUAACUCUCAAUAUUAUGAAGCAGUCAGUUCUACAAAUUGAUCAAUAGAAUCUGUACAAUCCCAAUCAUAAUUCUAACUGACCUAAAAAAAAAGAAAAUACAAAUGGUUAAAAUGAUUUUAUAAUGUAUAUGGAAAAAGCAUAGGACCUAGAAGAGUCAAAACAUUCUUGUAGUUAAACAUGGACAAAUCUGGAAAACAUUAUGCUAAGUGAAAGAAGCCAGUCAUAAACAUCACAAAUUUUAUGAUUCCAUUUGUAUGAAAAAUCUACAAGGGGCUCCUGGGUGGCUCAGUCGGUUAAGCGUCUGACUUCGGCUCAGGUCAUGAUCUCACAGCUUGUGAGUUCGAGCCCCGUGUCGGGCUCUGUGCUGACAGCUCAUAGCCUGGAGCCUGCUUUGGAUUCUGCGUGUCCCUCUCUCUCUGCCCCUAACCCACUUGCACUCUGUCUCUCUCUCUCUCAAAAAUAAACAAACAUUAAAAAAAAAUUUAUGGGUGGGUGAUGAGUAUUGAGGAGAGCACCUUUUGGGAUGAGCACUGGGUGUUGUAUGGAAACCAAUUUGACAAUAAAUUUCAUAUAUUAAAAAAAAAAAAAAAAAAGAAAUCUGAUGUUCAAAUCCCAGGUUCUUUGAUUUUGAAUUUUUUUCUCUCCCUCUCUCUGUCAAAAUAAAUAAAUAAACUUUAAAUUAAAAAAAAAUUUAUAUGAAAAAUCCACAAAAGGCAAGUCCACAGAGACAAAAUAUAUUGGUGAUUGCCAGGGGUUGGUGGAAGGCAUCAGUAGGGAGCGACUACUGAUGGGUAUGGGGUUUCUUUUUAGUGUGAUGAAAAUUUGAAAUUAGUGGUGAUGGUUGUACAGUUCCGUGGCUAUACUGGAAUUCACUCAGUUGUACGCUUCAAAGCGGUGCAUUUUAUAGUGU